AUGGCUGACUCGGUGGACUAUUACAAGGUUUUGGAAGUAGACCCCUCUGCAACCCAACAGCAAAUCCGCGAUGCCUAUAAACGAUCCCCGGAGACGCCGCGAGUACGACGACGCACGCCGCACCUCGUCCUCUGCAAGAGUCAUCGUGGAACCAAUGCACACCCUCCCCCACAGUCCGAGUCGUUUUCGUCCGACCAGUUCGGAUCCAUGUUCGAAGAGAUGCUUCGCGAGGAGAGCAUGGCAGCGGACGCGGCGGAGGCUGCGGGAGGUUACUUCUGGUCUGUUCUGGGAGGCUUAAGCGGUGGUGCCAUUGGGUUCAUCGUUGCGAAUUUCCCGGGGGCAGUAGCCGGAGCGGUGGCGGGGAACAGGCUUGGUGCCGUGAGGGACAAAAAGGGCAAGAGCGUGUACCAGGUUUUCCAGGAGUUGCCGCAAGAAGAUAAGGCGAAAUUGCUGAGUCGGUUGGCGGCACGGGUCCUGCAGUCAGCGGAGACGUUGAAGAUUCUGAAUGGAUGGUCCGAAAACAGCUCCAUGACCAAGCAGUCUGUUGAGAUGAGCCCAGGAGCCGCAGCUUGUAACCAGACACAGUCCAGCUUCCGGAGUCAUGCUGUCACUCCUACCUCCACCUCCGCCUGGAAUGUCAGCCUACCAGAUGUUCCUCGAGCGUCUCGUUCAGGUAGGGACUGGCACUUCAUUCUGUUGUUACGGUUCGCGAGUCCGUUAAUCCAAACGUGGCUGGCUAUCCCACAUUGGACGCCGACCACUGUUGAUAUCGUCGGCUAA